CAGCUGUUCUUUCCAUGAUCCCUCGAAUUUCGGGAACGAGUACCCUGGAUCGGAGUUCAAUGCAUUUAAAUCCUUUUUGGAAAUGGUGAAUAACCUGCAUCUCGUGGUCUCAGGGAUCCCCCAAAACCAGCUUCGGACCCUCAAGUGGGAUUUAGGGACGUGUCUCCCCGGCCAACUCGCUCACAGGAUCAAUUCCAUUUUUAAGCACCAGAAUCAAAUUACCUCAAUCUCUCUUAUCACAGAUAGCGACUGCAAGGUGAACAAACACAGGUCGUGCAGUAUAAAUCUCGUUCAGCUUUCGAAGCUCCGAUCUCUAUCCUGGAAAGGACUAAAACGAUAUGAUGAUUUCGAAUCAGUUCGAGGGUUUAUCGCAGCUCACGGCGCUCGGUUGAGGACGUUACAUCUCGAUCUUAUCGGCUGGGACAGUGCUAGACUGGCCUGGACUCGAGGCUUUCGGCAAAAGUCUCCCCCAGAUACGGGGUUGCCAGAGAACUUCUUUGCGCAAUGUGUGUUGGGUCUUCGGCAUGAAGAGCUACGUACCCCUCUACCAGCUCUUCAGCGAUUAUGUCUCUCCCAAGUAUCCUUCAGCCCCAUGGAGAUAGAAUUGGUCGAUGCUUUAAACGUGGGGAAACUCCAGGCCUUGCAACUUACCAACUGCCCCGGAACAUUUCGCUUUCUUCGGCAGAUUGUCCGUGCAGGCGUGCCUCUAAAGCUGAAACUGCUCGAAUUGACAUUCAACCCGGAAAAGCUAAAUCAGAUCACCGACGAGACACAGGACAACAUCGCCGGAACGGUGAAAACCUUCCUUGAAGCUUUCUCCGGUUUAACAGACCUCUAUCUAAUGCUCCCAUCAAUCGUGUGGGACUCCAUCCGUGGGAGUAUAACGCAUCACAGCGCCACACUCAGGCGUCUUAUCACGCACAGUCUCGAGAGAACCGAAUAUGGAGGUUACGAAGACGGAGAACUGUUUUCGUCGACCUAUGAUCAUCCCAGUCCGGCUCAAACCCCAGGUUUGGAAUUCUUCGGAGCCUCGAUAUCGCUCGAGCAUUUAGCCGGUUACGUGGGAUUUGACAGUGUCAGACAAAGUCCAAAUCUGAAGAUAAUUCACCUCAGAGCAAGCGGUCCCAUGAUAAGCGAACAAGGAACCUCCCAGCCACCUUCAUCUGCAGAUGGCGGUUUGUAUAAAGUGGCCCAAUGGGCUUUCGGGCCGGAAGGGCUUUUGGGUCUGAAGGUUUUGGCCUAUGGUGACUUCUCUUACGACGGAUAUUAUAACAGAUAUAAUAUUCUUCUGUGUAGAGAUGGCGAUAGUUAUACGGAAUUAACUGUCUCUAAUGUGAGGUAUUGGGAUCUGGUCCGGGAGAAAAUGGACGUGUUGGGUGCUUGCGCUUUUGAUGAGUUGAUUAUUGGGAGGGGAUUACCUUGAGGAUUGUU